AUGGUGCAAGGGCAGGUGGAGCAGAGCCCGAGGCACCCCCGGCGCACCCCAUGUGCUGCUGCCCGCGCAGGCCCCUCGGCACAGCUGCAGUCCGUAAAGCUGCCUCCCAGGCACCACUGUUCACGGGCAGGAAAAGCCAGCGCGGGCCCAGCCCGCUCGCUCGCCAGCCCGGCCGGCGGGCGCGGAGGGGCUUCGCUGCCCCGCGAAGCUGUAGGCCUCAGCCAGUGUGAUGGUACCAUGAUACCACUCUUUCUGGGGUACAAGGAAAAGUUGUCAUCAAGAUGCUUUCCAGUAGGUAGCACUAAGCAGAGGUUCUCGGGCUCCCUUAACAGCCAGCGCUGGCGGUUCUUAAAAAGCGGCCUGGAUGAUUUCCGCAAUGGCUUCCCUCCUCCCUGUGGCAACAUGGUCAUCCGGGGCACGAGGGGGCUUUCCCCCAUCGUGCUGCCCCGCAGAUCCCACCAGAAGACAGGGAAGACAUCGGCUACCCGCAGCCACCACCUCAUGCCACAGCAGGAAGCCCACAAGGACUUCAGAGAGGAGCGGAACCACGACCGGAGCCAGUCGUUUUACUCUUAUUUGAACGACAGCAGGCUUCCACAGCUCCUUCUAGAGAUGAUAAAUAUCUUGGAAGCUGACAUACAAAAGAGCUUCAAGACUGCAGAGACUGGUGAUAGAGAGGACAUCCUCCCUCCUCAGAGAAUUCGGCAUUAUUCCAAGGACAAAAAACAAAUGGAAGCAAUGCCUGGGUCAUCAGCACGCAAGGAGUCUGGAAGAAAACACUUAUAUACAUCACAUCCCAAAGCAAAGAUAGCAAAAAGAGAAAAGAUGCCCGGCCUGAGCUACAUUCCUCCUGUGACUAUAAACAGAAAUCCAGCAGCCACUGAAUUUUGUGUCUGGGAUGCAUCUCUGGGAGAGGAAAUAUAUUACAUCAAUGAUAAUACCAGGUCUGAUACCACGAAUGUCAAAGUUAGGGAGAUAAAUGCUAUACCUGCACAGCUUAGAGAAUGUCUGGGAGGCUCAUUUCCUGGGACAGUUAUGAAGAGUCCUCACGAGGAACCAUGCCAGCGCAAAUUUCAUAAGAUCAGAUAUGGAGCCUGGUACCUUGACCCUAAAACAUGGAAAAAACAAAAAGUGGGUGAACCUUUAAUGGAUCCAAAAGAAAUGGACGAUGGCGUUAAGGAUGUCAUGGCACCAUCCAACACAAAGGAUAUUGCCCCGUCCCCUGGGAUGCAUGCAUUUAAGGAAUUCCUGGAGAGAAAAGGCUAUCGGAAGCCCAGGACAAUGGAUGAAGAGGAGGCUGAAGCAACAGACAAUGAGUUUGAGAGAGAAAAAGAACCAGAAGAGACCUUUGCUCAUUUCUCAUUAAAGGAGCACGCUUCCUUUAUGCACUCUGUCUUUAAUCUCUCCAACUUCUAA